AAAUAUGUAAUUGUCUUUGGUUCUUAGACCUUCAACCUUGUCUCUUACUGUAAAAGAAGUGCGAAAGAUGAUGUAAAAUAGUAAUAUAUCGAAAAUUUACAAAAUCAAAAGUGACCACCAGUAGCUAUACCAAAAAUAGUAAUACUUUUAUGUUUUGAAUAAAUUUAUAAAUAAAUAAUGGACGAAUAUUCGAGAGAACCCUGUCCGUGGCGUAUUUUAGACGACGCUGGUGGUGCAUUUUUGAUGGGCGCAAUAGGCGGUGGUAUCUUUCACUCAAUAAAAGGAUUCAGAAAUGCUCCAACUGGAUUUAGCAGAAAAAUGCUUGGAAGUUUGGCAGCCAUGAAGGAGCGAUCGCCAAUAGUAGGUGGUAACUUUGCAGUUUGGGGAGGCAUGUUUUCAACGAUUGAUUGCUCUCUGGUGUACUUAAGACAAAAGGAAGAUCCUUGGAACUCCAUAAUGAGUGGAGCAUUAACUGGUGGGAUCCUGGCAGCUAGAAAUGGUGUUCCAGCGAUGGCAGGUAGUGCUCUAGUAGGGGGCAUUCUGUUAGCGUUAAUAGAAGGCAUAGGUAUAAUGUUCACCAGAAUAUCAUCGGAGCAGUUCAAACCGCAGCAGCCAAUAUUUGAAGACCCCUCAGUUUUAGGCCAGAGUCAGUCACCGGGCCAAAGUUUUCAAUAGAUACAUUAAAUUGGUCAACAUUGUGCAGUGAUAUAUGUCAAGUUGAAGUAAUCUAUUAUAUUAUUGGAGCUUAUUGCGGACGAUUAUAUAAGUUGUACGACAUACAGUAAAUACAAUUAAUUCUUGAUUAUAUUGUCAUUAUAUAUUACAUUUUGAUAUAUUAACUGCACAAUUUCACAUACAAUUCUUGCCAUUGGGCAUAGUUUUUGUUUAUAAAUUAUUUUUUUAUCCCGAUCCAGGAUUAAUGAGUGAAUUAUUUGCAUCUGUGAUAUUUUCAGUUCGGUACUGAUUGCUCAUAAUUACACUUUGCUUGGUUUAGUUAAACCUCACAUUCUGUGGUAGUGAUUCACAUACAAUAUAUUUAUUUGUUUCCCAUAUUGUUGUAUUGUGAUUCGGGUAAUUGUAUAGCGGUGCUGAUUGACUCGGUUCGAUCGUUGAUAUUCUGGAAGACUUAUUUGGCCCAUUCUUUCAUUUUAUCACACUGUUUCACAUUUUACCCGACAUGGACUACCUACCGAUGUGAUGUUUGGUUUUUAAUAGAAACAAUUCAAUACU